AUGGGGAAGAGUGAUCUAAAGCUUCUCGGAUUGCGUGCGAGCCCAUUCGUGAAUCGGGUUCAGUUCGCCCUCAACCUCAAGUCAUUAGACUAUGAGUUCAUCACCGAGAAUUUGCCUAAUAAAAGUGAGCUCCUUUUGAAAUCGAACCCGAUUCACAAGAAGAUCCCGGUUCUCAUCCACGGCGAUAAGCCCAUCUGUGAAUCGCUCGUGAUUGUGCAGUACAUCGACGAGCUCUGGUCGGAUGGUCCUUCAAUCCUUCCUGCCGAUCCGUAUGACCGCGCAAUCGCCCGCUUCUGGGCUGCUUAUAUAGACGACAAGUGGUUUCCAGCGUUGAGGCAGUUUAGAUACUCCGAGGGAGAAUCAAGGGGAGAGCUUUUGGAGAAAUUGGUUGAAGGUGUGGCAUUAUUGGAGGAUGCUUUUGUGAAGUCCUGCAGUAAAGGAAAGAGCUUUUUCGGUGGUGAAAACGUGGGCUUCUUGGACUUGGCUUUUGGUUGCCACUUGGGCUGGUUAAGGGCUGUUGAAACAAUAGCUAAUGUCAAAAUACUUGACAAAACCAAGGCCCCUGCCUUGGCUGAAUGGACUGAAAGAUUCACCUCGCAUAAAGCUGUAAAGGGCACUCUUCCAGAGCCUGAAGAACUCGUUAACCAUCACAAUAAGAUGAUGCAAGCUAAGGCUGCUGCAGCUUCUCAAGCAUCGAAGUGA